AUGAUAUCAUCAGCUUUACCUGGAUUUUUCAACAAAUCUAUACAGGAAAGACAAGAAAUCAUUAAGAACAUGUUCAACCUCACAGACGAGGAAAUUGCAACAAUUCAAACAAGCGAUCACUCGUUGACUUUGGUCAAAGCCGAUACAAUGAUUGAAAAUUGCGUAGCUAUGCACAGUACUCCAAUUGGUGUUGCAACUAAUUUCAUCGUUGAUGGAAAAGAAAUCCUUGUACCUAUGGCAAAUGAAGAACCUAGCGUAAUUGCAGGAGCAUCUUUAGCGGCCAAGCUUGCAAGAGGCGGCGGAGGUUUCAAAACCAAUUCCGGACGCAACAUAUGCAAAGGGCAAGUCAUUGUUAUCCCUCCUUCUACUGAAGAAGAUCCAAUUUCAAAGGUAAUGGAAAUCAAAGACCAAAUUAUAUCAAUAUCGAACUCAACGAUGCCAUCGAUGGUUGAAAGAACUGGUGGUACUCAAGAUGCUACAGCAAGAAUCGUAAAUACCGCAACAAAUAGAAUAUUAGUUGUUGAACUCCAUAUUGAUGUAGGAGACGCAAUGGGAGCCAACUGUGUUAAUCAUGCAUGCGAAGUUGUCGAGCAAUACAUCUCAGAACAUCUUCAUUAUAUUCCUUUGAUGGGAAUUCUUACAAAUCUUGCCAGCGAAAGAAUUAUACAUGCCGAAGCCCAUUGGCCUAUCAAAUCUCUAUCUACAAAAGAUUUUGAUGGCAUGAGCGUUGCCAGACGUAUAAUUAUGGCAGCAGAUGUCGCUGCAUCAGAUUUGGCCAGAGGAGCAACUCAUCGCAAAGGAAUAAUGAACGGUAUAACAGCAGUAGUACUUGCUACAGGUAACGAUACACGUGCUGUUGAAGCAGCAGUCCAUUCUUACGCAUCUUCAUCAGAAAAUCCAGCUCUCACCAAAUAUUACAUCGAAAAUGACUGUCUCGUUGGCGAGAUCGAUGUUCCAUUACCUGUUGGUGUCGUUGGUGGCUCAAUGAGAAGAGAUCCAGCAAAUCCUAUAAUUAAAAAGAUGCUUAGAGUUGAAUCUGCCAAUGAUCUUGCAUGUGUUAUUGCUUCUGUUGGCCUUGCCUCCAAUUUCGCAGCUAUAAGAGCACUAGUUACCACUGGAAUUAAUUCUGGCCACAUGAAACUUCACUCCAGAAACAUCGCUCAUGAGGCUGGAGCUGUAGGUGACGAAAUAAACCAGGUUGCUGCAGAACUAAACAACGGAAUGCCUGUAACUGUAACAAGAGCAAAGGAAAUCCUCGCAAAGAUAAGAGCUCAGCAAAAGAAAGAGUGA